CGAUCUUGUUUAAACAGGUACACUUAAAUACAUCGCUGACAACCGUGAAACCCUGAAUAUUGGUGAAAGGAAUGCGGCUGCUCUGAUGAAACCAGUUUUCAAAUGUCUUGCUUUUAUGCACGAGAAAGGAUAUGUCCACGGUGACUUAAAACGUAAGUUUUCGCACACUGAUCUUUUGUCGAUUUCAUUAAAGAAAGAAAAAGUGAGGUAUCUUACCAAACUGUUGGAACAAUUUAUCUAGAAGUUAGCAAACUAUCUUCUCUUUAUUCUUCGGGUUCCAUACAGAUUUUCAAUUAAGAAAAUUCCAAAAUUUAAAAUCAACUGAACUGCAAUUUAACCUUCUAUGUUUCACCGGUAUGAACUUGGGCAUGGAAACAAUCUUAUGCAAAAUGCAACGCUCAAAAUAAUUGUAAGGAAAUAAACAUAUCCACGUCCAUUGUGCUUUUUAUGCGUUUUGGGGCCGUGAGUUUCAAGUGAGGACUAUAUAUUUAAUUACAUGUAGAUGCAUGUGUGUUCAAUUAUUUAGUAAUUAUAUUGAUAAUUAUUUCUGUAGCUGACAACAUCUUAUAUGGUGAUAACGACGUAAAAGUCGGUGAUUUUGGAUUGGCUGUGGAUCGUAGUGAAACCUUAAAUAUCGGCUUUUGUGGUACAGUCACUUACAUGCCCAAGGAGUUAUUUUGUGGUCAUGGGGAAUAUCGACCAAGUGUUGAUAUUUAUGAAGCUGCUGGUGUCUUGAGUUAUUUGCUGACAGGUUCCCCUCCGUGGGCAGGAUAUCAAUGGGAUACUGUUAUAUUCAAGGUUAGAAGAGGAAUGAUUUAAUUCAUCCUCUAUAGAUCAAUAUUAAGUAUUAUUAUAUACGAACACACUUUGGGUAAUUGUAAACGAAAAAAGGUAAACUAAAAUGCGACGGCAAUUUAUCUUUACUUGCCAACGGCGGUUUUGCAACGAAACAAUAUUUUGAAAUCUGUUUUGAUAGGUUGGCUCUGGGGAAAUUCCAGAAGUACCAAAUAAUUGCUCUGAAGAAAUGAAGAACUUACUGAAACGUAUGUUCAAUCCUGAUAGCGAGAAACGACCAACGGCAAAGGAACUGCUGCAAGAUCCGAUAUUUUCGGACACUCCAGGUAACUUGGUAAAUUUUGAAACCAAACAACAGUCCUCACAAUUAAAUAAAAUUUAUCGUAGACAAAACAUUGCCGUCGAUAUUUUACAAUUCGGCGGCAUUUUUCCGAAAAUGAUAAUUUGAAAAUGCGUAUAAUUAAAAGCUAAAAAUGGAUUUUUGAAUUUUGAAAACUGAUCUAUAAUAUUGAUCUGUUGUAGAAUUAUAUGAAAUUAAUUUCUUUUUAAUGUCUUUGAUAGAUUACUUUGUAGCGUAUAUAGUAAGUGAUAUGUCUUUGAUAACCAUUGGCAAACAAUUGCCGCGGAUAAUUUAAUAUCGAACGGCAAUUGCCGUUACAUCAAGCAGUGCAUGGUGGAAUCUAGACAAUUAGGACACGGUCGCCAUACUGUGGCUUAUUAUACAAAGCAAUAAAGAUUUGGUUCGUUUAACCAAGGAAAUUUUUGUUCAUUCGUAAUCGUAAGAUAACGCAAAGAAAGCACAAAUACGGCUGACGCGAGUUCCUCUGUAAGCUGCGGACAUGUAUGACUGCCUUACAUCGCAUAUGUUAGAAUUCUUUACUCAAACAUCUUUUGUAAAUUUUGACAGAGUCAGUUUUAGACGAGGUAUUGCUAGGAGUACUGGUGGACACCCAGCUACUUCGGAAUUAUUUUGGCGUUUGCACCAAUGACGCUUGAUGGUGACGAUGACGAACCAGACCCAGCACAGUAAGUUUGGAACACUUUCUAUCGAUGCUUCACUGUUACUGCAAGAGAUGGUAAUGCGUACAAUUUCGUCUUUCUCUAAAAACUAACCGUAAAGCCUCGAUCAAACGAGAGUUCACGUAUUAUUCACGUACUGUUCACGUAUUGAGAGUUCACGUAUUGUUGUCACGAAUUGUUACGCGGGACAUUGCAAGCAUUAGAUUAACAAGAUACAAUAAAUAAAAAUUUAAUAUACUGUAGUAAGUGUUUUAAUUACGUUUUAACUUAAAUAAAAUACAUGACAGUGUUGAGAUUAAGAACAGCCGACCAACGUCACGUGACUGCCAACUCUCAUGCACUCUUAUCCUCGUUUCAUCCGGACUUAAGACAUUUUAAACUGAAUACAGCUAAUUCAAGAAAGGUUGUCCUUUGCAAACCUUAAAGUCUAAACCUUAAACCUUAAGUCUAAGCACGCAAAGCUUAAUGGGAGCACAAGUUUCAAGCUUAGUAGUUAAAAUAUUGCAGCUAUUUGUGAAUGAAUUGUUCUCGUAAGGAGAUAUUUACCAUGUCUCUGAGAAAUAGCCCUAUAUUAUGAUUUCUAAACUGAGUAAAUAAUGCUCUCAUUAUUCUUUGCAUGCUUAGAGUUUAAGGUUUGCAAAGGACAACCUUUUACGAAUUAGCUAUAGUAUAUUUACUUGGAGACCUUUGUCCAUUGCAUUUUAAAACCAGAUAAGGUUUUCCAUUCAGCUCCAAUGACAAAUACAAACUAUCCAUCGUCGCAUCAAAGUCGCCAAGUUCACAUACUGUAUAUUUUUUUGCAGCCCUUUGUGAUUCCUCAAGGAAAACAGAACAAAACAGAGUCUUCAUUAACAAAUACGGAAAACAUUAAAUUAACACUCUAACAAGACAUAAAGAAAUGAUGAAGGACGUGGUUCGGUAGAUAAUAGUCAUCAUACUAUUAAACAGCUAGUCAUGCAUUAGUACUAACAGUACUUGUGGUACUAUUUGUUAUUACAAUAUAGUAACUCAUCAUCAUGUAUAAAUAUCAAAUUAAUAGGUACACUUAAAUUUCGUAGUAAUGCAUGGCACAUAGUCAGUGAGAGUCUUCAUUAAUUUUCACACAAUCAUUAGAUUUUUAGCACGUAACGCUCUUAGAGCAAAGUCAGUCAAUUUUAAUAAUAUUUUAUCGGUAGUUCUUAGAGCAAACGUCGAUAUAGAUUUAAUAUUUUAACUUAACUAAUUGUUUAAAUUAGUGGCAAGGAUAGGCAGUAGACAAUGGGCGGAACCCGCAGCAAUUGUUCCAAAUCCAAUGAGAAAGUGUCGAAGGGGGCAUGGGACUAGGAAACAACAUUCCCAAGAUCCAUAUACGUCAACAGCUCUAAUUUGAAUGCUAACCACCUAUCAAAUAGUGGCCUAUUGAGAGGCGCAAAUUUUCAGCCCUUGUUCAUGCCAACAAACACAUUAGUUGAACCCUCCCUGCAUGGCCACCGAUCAGUUUAUGCCGAUCUUGCCACUGGUUUGAAUUGUAUUUACAGUAAUUUUCAUAUAAUGUAUAAGAUUUGUUUGAAUAUAAAUAUAGAACUUUCUUCUAAAGAAAGAAAAAU